CGCGCCGCUCACACUUCGGCGGAGGGCGCGCGCCCCGGAAAAUUCCACACCCGGGGAAGCUCCGCCCUAUGCGCCCUCUCUCGUGCCCUCGGCUCUUAAAGCUUAGUCCCCAUCCCAGCGGCCUUUGCGGGACCAAAAUGGCAGCCCCCGUGCCGCGGGGGUUGUUUUGUUUAUCCAAAGCUCUAGGAUGGUGGUCUCGUCAGCCAGUCCUGGUGACUCAGUCCACAGUUGUAGUUCCAGUGAGAACUAAGAAACGUUUCACACCUCCUACUUACAAACCCAAAUACAAAUCAGAAAAGGAGUUUAUAGAAUUUGCCCGGAAAGCAGGUGUGGUCAUUCCUCCAGAACGUUUGGAGCGUCCCCUACAUCUGGCCUGUACAGCUGGUAUCUUUGACACCUACGUUCCUCCAGAAGGUGAUGCUCGCUUGUCAUCUCUUGCAAAGGAAGGAUUGGCACAGAGAAGUGAGCGAUUGAAGAAGAAGGUGGCAUCACAAUUGUCAAUCCGGAAGAUAAGAGAACAUGAUCCGAAUUUUAAAAUAAAGGACUUCCCUGAAAAAGCUAAGGAUAUUUUUAUUGAAGCUCACCUUUGUCUGAACAACUCAGACCAUGACCGGCUUCAUACCUUGGUAACUGAAAACUGUUUUCCGGACAUGGUCUGGGACAUCACCUAUAAGACCGUCCGCUGGAGCUUCAUAGAAUCUUUAGAGCCACCACAGGUGGUUCAGGUUCGCUGUUCGAGUCUGCUGAACCAGGGCAACAUAUACGGCCAGGUCACUGUCCGCAUGCACACCCGGCAGACUCUGGCCAUCUAUGACCGGUUUGGCCGGCUGAUGUACGGACAGGAAGAUGUGCCCAGGGAUGUCCUGGAGUAUGUUGUGUUUGAAAAGCACCUGGUAAAUCCCUACGGGAGCUGGAGAAUGCAUGGCAAGAUCAUUCCCCCAUGGGCACCCCCUAAGCAGACCAUCCUUAAGACGGUGAUGAUCCCUGGGCCCCAGCUGAAACCCUGGGAAGACUAUGAAGAGCCACAGGGAGAGGCCUAUAAGCCUCAGCUAUCCUGAUGGCAAAAAUGACUCCUGGGUUGAAACAUGUGAUGAGGUGGCUGGACUCUGUGGAGUCUGGGAGCUGUGAA